GCUCCUGCAGAGCCGCUGUCUCGAUGUCCUUGCCUCGGUGUGCCCUGCUGUGGGCUCGGCUCCUGGCGGGGCGCGGGGCUGGGCCCCAGACGGCCGCCUCCUCCGCCCUUCGCGCCCUCGUGGGGCCGUUCCCCGGGACUCUAGGACGCGCUCCCUGCCUGGCCGCCUCCUCUUCUGCCUCUGGUGGCUCCAAAGCCCCGAACAAGUCCUUGUUCGUGCCGCUGACAGUGAAGUCCCUGGGUCCCAGCGCCGACGGCGACGUGGGCGCCGAGCUCACUAGGCCUCUGGACAAGACUCAUGUGGACGACUUAUUUUUAUUUUUCUUGAGACAUGCCAAACAGAUAUUUCCUGUAUUGGAAUGCAAGGAUGAUCUAUGUAAAAUCAGUGACUUGAGGAUACCACCCAACUGGUACCCAGAAGCCAGAGCCAUACAACGGAAGAUAAUAUUUCACUCGGGCCCCACCAACAGUGGGAAGACUUAUCAUGCAAUCCAGAGAUACUUGUCAGCGAAAUCUGGAGUGUACUGCGGCCCUCUGAAGCUGCUGGCGCACGAGAUCUUUGAGAAGAGCAAUGCUGCUGGUGUGCUGGGGGACUUGGUGACAAGUGAAGAGCCGAUGACAGUUGCGCCUGAGGGGAAAGAAGCCACUCAUCAAGUCUAUACUGUGGAGAUGUGCAGUGUUACAACUCCUUAUGAAGUGGCUGUGAUAGAUGAAAUUCAGAUGAUUCGAGACCCAGCCAGAGGAUGGGCCUGGACCAGAGCGCUGCUAGGGCUCUAUGCCGAGGAAGUCCAUUUGUGCAGAGAGUCUGCUGCUAUUGACCUGGUCUCUGAGCUUCUGUACACAACUGGGGAGGAGGUAGAGGCCGCCGGUCUUCACCCAACUGCUGAGCAGAUCGAAAUGUUCGCCUACCAUCUCCCUGAGACAACGCUGUCCAAUCUCAUUGAUAUUUUUGUAGACUUUGCACAAGUUGAUGGACAGUAUUUUGUCUGCAAUAUGGAUGAUUUUAAGUUCUCUGCAGAGUUGAUCCAGCAUAUUCCACUAAGUCUCCGGGUGAGGUAUGUGUUCUGCACAGCCCCAUCAGUAAGAAACAACCUUUUGUCUACUCGUCAUUGUUACAGCUACCGAUUUCUGGAUAUGUUUCCAGACUCCAGCCUUGUUCGAGGUCUCCAGAAAGAGCUGGAUACCAUUAUCCAAGAUGGUGUGCACAACAUCACCAAACUGAUUAAAAUUUCUGAGUCACACAAGCUUUUGAAUCUGGAGGGCGUAUUAGGAGAGGACCAGCCACGUUUCUCAGGAACUGCAAAGAGCCCAGCAAGAAGGACACGUGGCACCAAAAGCUCAGGGAGUAAAGCUGAAGAGCCUGUCAGCCCCAGUGCCAAGGAGCUGCCCCUUGCAUCUAGGCUGGUGCAGCAAGGACUCCUCACUGCAGACAUGCUUAAGCAGCUCCAGAAGGAAUGGCAGACUCAGCGAACAGACCAUGGCAAAGAAAAGGCAGGGACACGGAGAAAGAAGACUGACCACAACUCUGAUUAGGUUUUUUAAUUUUGCAAAUAAAAAUCAAUUUUAAAUCCUUA